CUAUUGACCAAUGCUCAAGCCAACUGGUAGAGGUAUUGCGCUUGCGCGCUCUGAUUGGCUGGACGGAAAAAAGAGGCCUCCUCCUCCUCCGGGCUGGCGCUUGGGGAUGGAGAAAUACCGGAGCGGCUCCGGCUCUGGUGCGGAAAGACUGUGGCUGCGACAGGAUUCCCCGGAGCCAUGUUGUCGGGAGUCCUGGUAGUGUCCGCUCCAGGAAAAGUCAUCCUCCACGGAGAACACGCUGUGGUCCAUGGCAAGGUAGCACUGGCGGUAGCCUUGAAUUUGAGAACAUUCCUCAGGCUUCAACCCCACAGCAAUGGGAAAGUCACCCUAAACUUACCGAACAUUGGUACCAAGCAGACCUGGGAUGUGAACAGCCUUCAGCUGUUGGACACAAGCUUUCUGGAGCAAGAUGACGCCCCAGCACCCACCACAGAGCAAGUGGAGAAGCUGAAGGAAGUGGCAGGCAUCCCCCAGAACCGAGCCGUCCCUGAGCACCUGGCUGUGCUGGCCUUCCUGUACUUGUACCUGUCCAUUUGCCGGAAGCAGAGGGCCCUGCCGAGCCUGGACAUUACCGUGUGGUCAGAGCUGCCCCCUGGGGCAGGCUUGGGCUCCAGCGCUGCCUACUCCGUGUGCUUGGCGGCCGCCCUCUUGACUGUGUGUGAGGACAUCUCUAAUCCACUGAAGGACGGAGACAACAUCAGCAGGUGGCCCAAGGAGGACUUGGAACUAAUUAACCAGUGGGCCUUCUGUGGGGAGAGGGUGAUCCACGGGAACCCCUCUGGCGUGGACAAUGCCGUCAGCACCUGGGGAGGAGCCCUCCGAUACCAGCAGGGGAAGAUUUCAUCCUUGAACAGGCCCCCAGCGCUCCAGAUCCUGCUUACCAAUACCAAGGUCCCACGAAGCACCAAGGCUCUUGUGGCUGGCGUCAGGAACAGGCUGAUCAAGUUCCCAGAGAUCGUGGGCCCCCUCCUGGCCUCCAUAGAUGCCAUAUCCCGGGAGUGUGAGCGCGUGCUGGGGGAGAUGGCGGCAGCCCCGGCCCUGGAGCAGUACCUCGUGCUGGAGAUUUUGGAUCAGAAUGUGACAGGUGUCUGGAACCUGCCUCCGCAACGUGACACCUGGCGCUCAGGCGUGCAGCGAGGCCCCAGAAGUCUUCUCUCACACGCAGCCCGCCGGCUGGGGAAGGGCACCCAGGGCUGCCCCCCGGCCAUCGAGCCUGUCUGCGCGUUUGUCGGGAGUGAGGGGAACACGAGGCCAGCGGAGCCCCGCGCCAUUGAGCCGCACACUAAGCCCCGCGUGUUCCCAAGGAAGCCGGUGGUGGCAGAGACCCCCGGAGCGCUGUCGGAGGCAGGCAGGCAGGCAGGAGCUCUACGUCGGGCAGAAAGAUCGCUUUUCCACCCGGCUCACUGCCUUGCUAGCUCUGUGACCUAAAGCAAGGCACGUUCUUCUGAGCCUCAGUUUCCCCCUUUGUGAAAUGGGGCUGAUGGUAACGUCACCCAUAGAAAUCCUCGGGGCAGGUGAAGUUCGCCGAGCACUUUUCACCUUACGACAGACCUCGUAUAAAAGAUGCACCUCAUUGCUUCCUCUGGUAAUGAGGCAGACAGGGCUCUUGUGGCCCCAUUUCCAGCUCCAACUCAGAGCAAAGGGCCACGGCCAAGGACAUCAGACCGAGAAGGGGCAGAGCUGAGGCCCAAACCCAGCCAUCUGCCUCCGAAGCACUGGUCUGUAACCUUCCUGGCAGGGCCUGGGUGAGUGCUCGUGCUUGGUGCUGUGUCUAGGCCAGUACCCAGCACGAUGUGUGUGUGUGGUGAACGAAAUGUAAACAGCGGACGCUGAACAGUGGUAGCUGUUGAUUUGAUUAUUCCAUCCACAUGCAUUUUGUUUGAUUCUUGGAGAGCAGGAAUUUUAUUAAGCAUAAUUAAAGAAACCUAAACAAAUAUUUAGCUCUUUCCCCUACUCAUGACCUUGCUAGAAAUACAACCCAGUUCCUACUCUGAACAUCCGUCCCUGAGGCAGCUGCAGGGUGCUGUAUUAUUUGACACUUUUUCUUUUUUUUUGCAAGUGGCAGAAAUCUAUUUCAACCAGGCUUCUGCAGAAAUGGAGUGUACUGGCUUCCAACUGAGGAGGGGGGAAUAGCUUCAGGCAUAGUUUGAUCCAGUGGUAGAUGUGGUUGUGAAUCCAUCUUUCAUGUCAUCUGUGACCGUGUGGCAGGGCAGGUAACGUGGGCAGCCCACGUCUGAAGUCUCAGCAGCUGCCAAGGACAAAGGCAGAGAAAACUCCAGGAGUGCCACAGUUGGCCCAGCUUGGGCCUCAUGCCCAAGCCUGAUGAGUCACAAGAGCCAGAGGCUUCUGGGUCAGAGACAUGAUGGCAGGCAGAUGACCUCUGCCGUCCAAGCCCUGUGGCAGGUCCUGCAGGAGGGAGGGACGUGUGCUGGGCGACAGAGCAUUUGCUGUUCCACACCCAUACCCGUCCAGGCUGGGCAGGUGUGGGUGGGGAAGUCAGUGGCCCGGGCAGGCCAGAAGGGGACACGUGGCCCCU